GCUCUUUCACCUUCGGCUUUGUUGGGUGCCUUGUCAGCACCAGGAUCCCGGACCUUCACCACGGGGUUCGGCGCAGCCGCCUCAUCCAGAGCGAUAGCCCGCGCCGCGUCAACGGCCACAUCCGACGGAGCUAUCGCCGUAACCACAACGACCUCCACCGAGGUGACCACCAUCUCCAAGAGAGUUGCGCCGCCAUGGUGCAAGAGCAUGAAAAAAUUGCAAGGAACAAGGCUGAGGGAGAGGCUCUCACCUGGGAAGACCUCUCAAAGAUGAAGUUCACAUGGCAAGUUGCACAGGAGACACUUCGCAUCGACCCCCCAGUCUUCGGCACCUCCAAUACAGCACUCGAGGACAUCGAGUUCGACGGCUACCACAGCCCAAAAGGCUGGCAGGUGAUUUGGACGGCAAUCGCGACGCACAAGGACCCAAGUAUCUUCCACAAGCCAGCUAAGUUCGACCCAUCCAGGUUCCAGAGCCAGUCAUCCAUGACGUCGCCGUGCUCCUUCGUCCCGUUCGGUGGCGGCCCCAGAAUAUGCCCCGGGAUGGAGUUUGCCAAGAUGGAAACAUUGGUGAUGAUGCACCACCUGGUGAGACACUACAGAUGGAAGCUUUGCUGCAAGUAGAAGACGGUCUCCUCCCCAUCGCCACUACAAGGCCUAACGAUAGAACUCGAGCACAUCAAUCCGGGUGACCGUCCAGGGUUUGCUAAAUAAGGAACCGAAGCAGGGUGCUUGCUUAUUUUGGAAAGUUG